GGUUUCAUUUUUGAUUAUCUUUGUUGUGCAUUUUACUAUUUCCUCUAACAAAAUGACUUCACGUGUGGUGUUACUUUUUCUUUUUCUCCUAGGUUUGGUCAUGGUGAUACAAUCAUCAUCAGGACAUGACAAUACAAAUUCUCUCGAUCCCAACUCUAAAAAUGUUGAGCAUUCAAUUGAUGUCGAUGAGGAGAUGAAGUUGGGAUCUGAAUCCACUCGCAGGCAACUGUAUAAAUCGCCCUACAUUAGCUACGCCACAUUAAGGAUGGACAACAUCCGGUGCAACAAACUCGAUGGCUCUGACUACAAUUGUCGUCCCAGCCAGAUCGCUAAUAAAUACCAUCGUGGCUGCACCGAGGCCACGAGGUGCGCGAGAACUUAUUAAUAAUGCCAAAAGAGUUCAUAUAUAUGGUUAUAAGGAAUUCUUAUAUAUAUGAAUUGUUGUAAUAAAGAACAAGCCUUAGUCGUAUGGUUUGUUAAUUAAAUGGAUUGUACAACAUUGAUCCGACAGUAUUAAGUAAAAUCAUUGAGCAUUGUACUUUAUUGUUCGUUCAUGUCGAUUAUUAUAUUUUGUUUCAUUAAAUAACUGAAUAGUUUCUU